AUGAAAAACAAGCAUUGUAGUAAAAAUUUGAAUGAAAUGAAAAUGAAAAGCAUUUAUUUUGUUGCUGGUCUCCUUUUAAUGAUAGUUCAAGGCAGCUGGCAAAAUCCUCUUCAGGAUACAGAGGAGAAAUCAAGAUCAUUCAAAGCUUCCCAUUCUGAACCAAUAGAGGAAUCUAGACCGCUGAAUGAAGUGAAACGUCAUUCACAAGGCACAUUCACCAGUGAUUACACCAAGUACCUGGACACCCGAAGAGCUCAGGACUUUGUGCAGUGGUUAAUGAGCACUAAAAGAAAUGGCCAGCAAGCACAGGAGGACAAAGAAAAUGACAAAGUCCCUGACCAGCUCUCAAGCAAUGCAAUCUCCAAGCGUCAUGCUGAAUUUGAGAGACAUGCUGAAGGCACCUACACCAGUGACAUCACCUCUUAUUUGGAAGGUCAAGCUGCCAAAGAGUUCAUUGCUUGGUUAGUGAAUGGACGAGGAAGAAGAGAUUUCCCAGAAAAAGCUCUUGUGGCUGAAGAAAUGGGUCGAAGACAUGCAGAUGGCACUUUCACGAGUGAUAUCAACAAAGUCCUUGAUGACAUGGCAGCCAAAGAGUUCCUAAAAUGGCUAAUUAACACAAAAGUUACCCAAAGAGACCUUUUGGAAGAAUACCAGUAA